UCAUAUACAUUGGUAGCUCUCUUUCGAUCAUAAGCUAUUCUCCACUUCAUCUCAGAGAUCAUAUAGGACAUCGGAUGGCAAAAUCGCCAGAGCAAGAACAUCCUGUGAAGGCGUUCGGAUGGGCUGCACGGGACUCUUCUGGCCAUCUAUCCCCCUUCGACUUCUCGAGGAGGACUACUGGAGAAAAUGAUGUUACAUUCAAGGUGCAGUACUGCGGGAUAUGCCACUCCGACCUCCAUAACAUCAGAAAUGAAUGGGGAGGAGCUGACUAUCCGAUGGUCCCCGGGCAUGAGAUAUUGGGUGUAGUAACAGAAGUGGGAAACAAGGUGACAAAGUUCAAGGUUGGUGACAAGGUUGGUGUUGGGGCCAUAAUAGGAGCAUGCCGCUCGUGCGAGAGUUGCGCUCAAAGCCUUGAAAACUACUGUCCCAGCAUGAUCCUCACUUACAAUACCAAGGACCGAGAGGGGAGCACCACCUACGGUGGCUACUCAGACAUCAUGGUGACGGACGAGCACUAUGCGGUGGCAAUACCUGACAAUCUGCCGCUGGAUGGGGCAGCUCCUCUCUUGUGUGCCGGGAUCACUGUCUACAGCCCCCUGAAGAACUAUGGGCUCGAUAGGCCGGGGCUCCACGUCGGUGUGGUAGGACUUGGUGGCCUGGGCCAUGUGGCCGUCAAGUUUGCCAAGGCCAUGGGCCUUAAGGUGACUGUUAUUAGCACCUCACCCAGUAAGAAGGAGGAGGCCGUCGACCGGCUGGGAGCUGACUUGUUUCUGGUCAGUAAUGAUCCGGAACAGAUGCAGUCGGCUAUGGGCACGGUGGACAUUAUCAUUGACACUGUAUCAGCCGUUCAUGCUCUCCUCCCUCUGGUUGAGCUGUUGAGGUCUCGUGGGAAGCUUAUCAUGGUCGGCGCACCACAGAGGCCACUCGAGCUACCGAUCAUGCCCCUACUCUUUGGUGGGAAGAUAGUGGCUGGGAGUUGCGCCGGGGGGCUGACGGAGCUGCAAGAAAUGAUAAACUUUGCUUCAGAGCAUAAUAUAACAUCUGAUAUCGAGGUCAUUCCAAUGGACUAUGUCAAUACUGCUAUGGAGCGCCUUGCAAAGGGAGAUGUCAGAUACCGAUUUGUCAUCGACAUCAAGAACACAUUGAAGCCUGCUGCCUAAACUUGUGGUUUUCUCUUGAAUUUUUCCAUGUAAGACAAAUAUAUCUCAACAUGCCCAGCUAUAAUUUUUUUCAACUAUUAAGUUGAGGGCGAGGAAACCAAAACAGAGGAUGGACACAUACAUAUAUGCGGUUUAAGCAUUUCCCAAAUUGUGAUUUAUCUAGUACUGCCUA